AUGCCUCGCACUCCGAGCCAUCCGAGCCUCCCGACUGAGCCCGCGCCAGAGUCUGCAAACUCAACAGCAACCCCUCCGUCAAACAUGAGAAGAAUCCUUCGAGAAAGGCGCUUGGUUCAUGUUCGCAAAGCAUGUCUCCCAUGUCGGGAGAGAAAAGUACGCUGUGAUCACCAACAGCCUUGCCAGACAUGCCGCAAGCGAGGCCAUGUUGAUCUCUGUCUUUACCCCGAACCCGAGGCCGGGCUGAGCUCCCUCAAGCGUCAGAGUCACCGAAAUGACGAGGAUGGCAUAUCCCUCGACCGGGUCGGCUCCUUGGAGACGUCCCAGGCGACUGCCAACGCUGGUACUCCAUCAUUGCUCGGCGGCAACUCCAUCAUCGCUGUAGCUCGACGGGAGAGUAUCCAACCGCAGUCAGAUUCCCAACGCCGGGAGGCGUUUGAGACGGGCAUCUUUCCUCUACUGGGUAUGGACACUAGUUCUCAACAGAGGGAGCUUCUCCAAGUUUCUCCUCCAGGUCCAUCACUUCCUGAAGACCAGGAGAUGAUUCAGCUCUUCAACACGUACCGGCACCGAGUGCAUCCAUCUCAACUUGUGCUGGACGACAUUGACGAGGUUGAAGGAGUGGUUUGCUCACUGAUAAAUCGGGACUCUGCAAAGAGACAGAGCGACAGUCAUUUCCUUUGUCUACUCCAUGCCAUCCUAGCUGCAGGGGCGCAAUUCUCAGACCUCGCACCAUCAACCAGACUCAAAAGGUCUCAAAAACAUUGUUAG